AUGGUGCAGUCGCUGGGCCCUAUGACCACCCUUUUGUCUUACAUUGGGUAUGAGCCGCAGUACAGGGAUAAAUGGCUAGCUGCAGCAAAACGCACCUUUGCAUUAACACCAGACAUCGACCAGCUCUUGUCGGAGGAAAUACACAAGAAAAAUGCCUCGGAAAUCAGACAUUUAACAGGAAUGAUGUCUGACAUUUGCCGCAUAGCGACUACUAGGCCUGCGAUUAGAGCAUUCCUACCAUUGUGUAUGAUGGCUUUUGCGACAGCGGAUGACACUAACUGGGCCCAUGCAGCCCUUGUCAGACCAUUCACUCUUCCAUGCGGGAAGAUGAUUGCAGAAUUAGGUCUCCCCAUGAUAAGAGACCUAAUUCCUCGAAUUAAUGGGAAAUGGAAUGAGAGCGAAGCCGACCAGGUGAUGUACCACUGCGUUUUUGGGACUUUCAAAGAAGACCUCGGAGUUCUGGCAGAUAUCACAGACUGUGGGAAUUGGUACACUAGGAAAGAGUUGGGCUCUAAAUUCAAGAAGCACAAUAUAUAA